CCCCCCCCCCAACCACCCCCCCUCCCUUUGCUCGUCUUCUUCCUCAUCCUACAUUUCUAAUCCCAAUUCCUCCAUGCUUAUCGCUUCUUCCAAUCAACUGUUCUUCUGAUACAAACUUCAAUCUGGAUUUCUUACGCAGAAUCGCAACACCUUAAACAAACCUUUAUAAAAAUCUUCCCCAGCAUGUAAAAGUUUCGUUCCACACUUCAGUAUCUUCUCAAAAUCACCAAAAAAAAAAAAUAAUAAAAAAAAAAAGGGUUCUUUUUGUAUGAUUGGGUGAAUUUCUCUCUUCCUCCUGUAUUGAAUCAAGCUGGAGAGCUUGGAUUUUAGUGUUCUGUAACUGAAUCUUUAUAAAAGCCUGAAGAACAUGUAAAUCCAGCUUCCUUCCAUUCACCCAUAUCUUUUCCCCCAAAAAGAAACCCUAAAAAAAAUUAUACAUAUAUUUACAGUGUUUUCAACUAGGAAGCUGUAGAGAAGCGUCGAUCUGGGUACAGUUCUGGAUAUUGUGUAGCGAAAACCUUUAAAAAAGUCUUCCAGAUCAUGUAAUUGUAUCCAGAUUCACCUUUUCUGCGUUAAUCUUCGAUUAGGUUUGUUUUUUUUAAAAAAAAAAAAACAAAAACAAAAAAAAAGGAUUUGGUUUUUAGCUAGAGAUGGCAGAUUACGAAGUGGGGACGCCGACGAGGUCGUCGGCUCCGGCGACUCCAGGAACUCCGACGCCGUUGAUGCCGUCGCUGCGCGUGGACUCAAUGUCGUACGAUCGGAACUCAAAGCCUCGGUGCAAGUGCCUGCCCGUAGAUGCCCCAACUUGGGGGGCGCCUCACACCUGCCUGACCGAUUUCUCUGUGCCUGACAUCUCCCUCACCCGCAAGAUAGGAGCAGAGUUCGUCGGGACAUUCAUCUUGAUAUUCGCAGCGACGGCAGGGCCAAUCGUGAACCAAAAGUACGGCGGCGCAGAAACGCUGAUCGGGAAUGCGGCGUGCGCGGGGCUGGCUGUGAUGAUAGUGAUCCUGUCGACGGGCCACAUUUCCGGGGCGCAUCUCAACCCGUCGCUGACCAUAGCAUUUGCAGCUCUUCGACACUUCCCAUGGAUUCAUGUCCCGGCGUACAUUGCUGCGCAAGUCUCGGCAUCCAUCUGCGCCUCGUUUGCUCUCAAAGGCGUGUUCCACCCGUUCAUGUCCGGCGGGGUCACCAUUCCGUCGGUCAGCACUGGCCAGGCUUUCGCCCUCGAGUUCCUCAUUACCUUCAAUCUGCUGUUUGUCGUCACUUCUGUCGCUACUGACACCCGAGCUGUUGGGGAGCUAGCGGGAAUUGCUGUCGGGGCUACGGUUAUGCUUAAUAUUCUCGUUGCCGGGCCAUCGAGCGGCGGUUCGAUGAAUCCAGUGCGCACUCUGGGGCCGGCAGUUGCGGCGGGGAAUUACAAGUCGAUAUGGAUAUAUCUGGUGGCGCCGACACUCGGAGCUGUUGCGGGAGCAGGAAUCUACUCGCUCGUCAAACUCCGGGGCGACGAUGAACUCGAACCACGGCAGACGAGGAGCUUCCGCCGCUAGGCUAGGCUAGGCGGCGAUCAGCCCUUCCCUGCCGGUGCUGCUGCUGCUACUACUACUACUUGGUCUUCUACAGGUACGAUGUUGUUGAAAUACAGACAAAAGACUUACUGCUAAAUAUGGAUAUGGAUAUGGUGUGUGGUGAUGGUGAAAUAAAGGUCGAAGGAGAAAUGAUUGGGUGAUUGGAAUUCCUUUGGGACCAUUUAUGAUUGGAAUAUUCUUCGAUGAAGAAGACAAUGUUGGUGUGUUGGAAGUGGUGUUCUGUGUGAUUCCCAGCACCACUCUUACACUCUCUGCUUUUCCUUUCUUUGUCUGAAACUCUAUGUUGUGUGCUGUGCUGUUUGUUUGUGUGUUGUGAAAAAUCGUUACUGAAAAUAAGCCCUAAUGAUAAUAAUACUUAUUAGUGUGA